AUGCUCUCCCGUAUCGGAAACCCCACUCCCCUCGGCCUCGUCUCAUUCUCCGCCACCCUCGGUGCAGCCUCCUGGGCAAUCAUGGGAUGGCAAGGAACGAGUGGUGCGACCAUGCAAGCACUCGCCGGCGAAUUCCUCUUCUUCCCUGGUCUUUGUUUGAUUAUUUGUGCGCAGUGGGAGUUGGUCUUGGGUAACUCUUUCGCAUUCACGGUCUUUGGCGCCUUCGGUGCGUACUGGAUCGCGCUUGGGUACAUCUUGGUUCCGGGUUACAAUGUUGCUGGGUCUUAUGUUACGAAUGGUGUCGCUUCCCCAGAACUCAACAAACUACUGGGUUUCUUCCAAGCCUCGUACGCCGCUGUCAACUUCUUCUUCUGUGUUGGCUCCCUUCGUACGAACAUUCCGUUCAUGUGGGUCUUCUGGAACUUGGAGAUUGCGUUGAUCUUGUUGAGUAUCGCCUACAUGAAGGACAUGUCCCCCGAAGCAGCUCAUCGCGUUACUGUCGCUGGUGGUGCUUUUGCGUUCAUCUGUACCUUUGGAGGAUGGUAUCUCUUCUUGAUUGAGAUGUUGAGUAUGCAAGGGUUCUCGGUGAAGUUGCCUGUUGGUGACAUGAGCAGGUUCUGGAAGAAGUCGGAAGACAAGACGGAGUAA